AGUGCCAUUCAGACUAUAGGAUAGGACUACAUCACAGCAAGCCGCGGCGCGAUCACACGGCGAUCGCGACUUUUGGCUGCGAGUUAUUUUUACUCCCAGUGUUGCUCGAUCGCAAAGCUAAUCGCGAUUUUUCAACUCGAUUCGCGAAUCUUUUUGGGAAGUUUUAUCGGUUUUAUCGAAAAUUCCGGUGGAUUUUUGAAUUGCUCUACAAUGGCUAUUGAACAGCUUGGCUACAGUGUGUUUUUCAUUGCGUUGACCAGCGCGAUCGCGGCAGUUGCUCGCCGAGUGAAUGAUAAAUUGUCCAAAGAAGGCCUUGUGAAGGAGCUCAUUUUUGAGGCCAUCGCCGCCGCGGAACUAUGUGGAUGUUGCUUCGAACUGAUUAUUGUUGCCGAUAACUUUGGUGUGGCGACCUAUGCGGUGUUCCUGUUCACGUUGACGAUAUGGUGGGGACUUCAGUGGGGUAAUGCCACUGCUUGUCCCUACACGUAUAUGGAGCAGAUUGUGCAAGGAGAAGUAAGCUUCAAAGAAGCUGCCUUGAAGAUUUGGGCCCAGCUGAUGGGUGGAUGCUGCGUGUAUCGCUACGUCCAGCUGUAUUGGUGGCUUGAGAUGGCUGAAACCCACGAGGGCAGGGCGUUUGAAGAAUGCGCUGCAGAUUUGAAGGUCAAUUUGUACUUGGGAGCGUUCAUCGAGGGAUUCGCCACUCUGUGCUGUCGCUUGGCCUCCAAGGUCAUUUCGGAAAAGGAUGCCAAGUUCGGUGCGUUCAUUGAUUCUUUCAUCGGAACCAGCUUGGUCGUGGCCGCAUUCAACUACUCUGGUGGAUAUUUCAAUCCAGUGUUGGCCACCGCACUGAAAUGGGGCUGUGCUGGAAAUUCAGCCCUGGAGCACAUCAUCGUCUACUGGAUUGGAUCGUGUGCGGGAGCUGUGCUAUCGGUUCCACUGUUCAAGACCGCUUCCUUCCGUAAUAUGUUCCUCGCCGAUAAGGCUAAGGCCGAAUAGAAGGCUUUGUAGUGCUGCACGAAAGGCAGCACUUUAAAAUUCGACUCAAAAUUAUUCUAGUCAGAAUAUGUGAAAAUACUCGAACGAAACAUUUUAUUUAUUGUUAACCCUUAAUUGCAUGUGCAUUUCCGUCCAUGAAUAACCGGAUACUGGAAAUUACUCAUCUCCAGGUAUCAAUAUUUGUCGAACCUCGAAUAAAUUAGAUUGAAACAAGUUCAAA